GCCGGUCAAUCGGUGAUAGAUGGACACGGCAAGGAUGAAUUCCUUCCUCGAUUAUCCGCCCAUCCUCAACGGCGAGCCCACCACUUGCGCCUCCCGUGCCUAUCACCGCCACCACCACCACCACCACCCCGACCAUGGGAUUACAACCACUUUUCAGUCGUGCGCUGUCGGCACCAACAGCUGCAACGGGGACGAUCGCUUUCUGGUGGGCAGGGGAGUUCAGAUAAGCCCCCAUCCCCACCACCACCAGGCUGGUACCACCUACCAACAUCACCCCAAUUUGGGGAUGUCCUUCUCGCACCCCAAUUGCGGGUCCGGCUAUGGCGCGCAAAACUUCACUGCGGGAGGCUAUGGCCAUUAUCCACUCAGUCAAGAGACGGAAAUCAGCGGGGGCUACUCCCCAUGCGCUCCUACUCUCUACUCGGGAAAUCUCUCUUCCUCCAUGGUCCAGCAUCCCCAGAGUUAUGGUGGGGGCACAACCAGUUCUACUCAGUACAUUCAUCCCUCUUUCGGAGAGGAGCAGCAGAAUUUAACCCUCACUAAUUUCAGCCACCCCUUGUCUCCUCUCCACUCUGCCCAUCCAGAAAGCUGCACGUCUCCUUCUUCGGAAGUUUCUCCACCAGCCCAGACUUUCGACUGGAUGAAAGUGAAGAGAAACCCUCCUAAAACAGGAAAAGCUGGAGAGUAUGGUUAUGUGGGUCAAGCCAACACAGUUCGCACCAAUUUCACCACCAAGCAGUUGACGGAACUGGAGAAAGAAUUCCACUUCAACAAAUAUCUUACAAGAGCACGCAGAGUAGAGAUAGCAGCCUCUUUGCAACUCAAUGAAACCCAGGUCAAGAUCUGGUUCCAGAACCGCAGGAUGAAGCAGAAGAAGAGGGAGAAAGAGGGCUUGCUGCCCAUCUCUCCAGCCACUCCAACCGGAAGUGAAGAGAAGGCAGAGGACUCUUCUGAAAAGUCCAGCUCAUCCCCAUGUACCCCCUCUCCUACUUCUUCUACCUCAGAUACACUGACUACCUCAAAUUGAGCUCCACAGUUAUUCAUUCUUCACUCCCUGGCCCCCUAUGUUCAGCCCUAGAGUAGUUGAUAAUGUCCCAACCCUACUUUUAUAAAGACUGAAGCGGGGAACCCUCCUCCAUCCCAUCCUUCUCUUGUCAUGUUGGGUUCCAGAUCACAUCUUUUCUUACUGCGCCCUUCAAACAAUUGACAUCCCAUACUGAAACUUGUUGGAAGCAAAGCUCACUGGUUCCCCCCUCCCCGAACUUCUUCCAAAUUAGUGGGCAUAAUCCAGGACUACUGAGUUAGGGGAUAGAGAAAUAAUAGAAAGGGACUUUGUGGCAUAAUAUCACUGAGAUUUAACUAAAAGCUAAUUUUGGCUGGAAUAGGCCCCAAUAGUUCAGGAUCACAGUCUUAUUUCGAGACUGAGGGUUUCCUUAAUUCAA